GCCAUCGCGAGGCACUUGGCGGCGGCAGGAGCGGCGAGCGCAGCCGGCCCGCGCGCACUGCGGCGCGAGAUCUCCGCGACCAAGGCCGAGAUCCUCGCCGCGGACGCCGAGACGGCGCAGGCCAUCCAGGCCACCCUGAAGGGCAGCACCCUCGCAGCGAAGGCCACGAAGGCGAUGUAUGACCACGGGGUCGGCUUCGCACUCCACGGCGCCCCGGUCAAGACGGCGCCACGUAAACGGCGCACCAAGGCCGCGGAGCAGAUCGGACAAGUGGCGGGCGUGCGACGACGUCAAGCAAUCGGCGCAGCCACGCGGCUGGUCGCGAGAGGCGACGAUGACGCGGGGGCGCGGGCAUGGCGCCAUGCUGUGGCGGACCGCGCCGACGGCGGCCACGCGGCGCUCGCAGGGCGCGGCCCAGCAGCCGCGACGCCGGCGGCGCUGGAGCGGCUCGGCUGGACUGCCGCGGCGCUGAACCGAGGGGUGACGGACAACGGCGCCACGAUCAAGCUGGAGGCCAUCGGCGGCUUCACCCUCAGGGGCCAGAUCCGCGACUCGCAUCAGCGCUGGUUGCCGCGAUGGUUGUGGCGUGAGGCGGCAACCAGAGCGCCCGAGCUCACGACCGUCGCAGUGCGAGGGCCACUCCGCGAGGUGAACGGCGCGAAGGCAAGCACGGCCCUACAGGCGCAGAGGUCCCACGCACGCGCCAACCGGCACGCGGGCUGCGGCGGCCGCAGCACAGCACGGCGUCUCGCGUGGCGCUGCCUGGCCUUGGCAGCAGAUGAGCGAAACGCCAUCGCGGGCGAUUCGGUGCUUCAGGCAAUCCACGACGCGGCCGCCGAGUCAGACAGCGAGGAACCGCAGUUCUCACAAGCGCUGGUACCCAUGCAGAUGGACGGGGUAUCCAAAGCGCUGGACACCGAAGAGGUGCGCUUGCGUGGCCUCGGCGGGGGCUCUCUCCUCUGCACCGACGGCUCCGCGCUGCACGAAAAGGCGGGCACGUCCGCAGGGGGCACCCAUGGGGCGUGGGGAUGCGUCCCCGCCCACCUUUCACGGGACGCCAACGCGGGCGAGAUCGUGGCAGCUGCGCGGGCCCUCGACGCGGGCGAGAUCGUGGCAGCUGCGCGGGCCCUCGAGUGGAGGCCCCUUGGACCCGAGGGCACCCUCGAG